GGGGGGAGGGAGAGCAGCCGAGUGCUGAGAGGAUCGAUCGGCCGGGCCGCAGCGCGCCGGAGCGCACCGCACCGCACCGCACCGCACCAGGCCGGGCCGGGCGCGGGGCCGCCAUGUCACUGCUGCCGCGGGGCCGCCGCUGCGCGGUCGCUGCCGCCGUCAGGCGGCUGCUGCUGGGGCCCCUGCGCCGGGUGUCUGCAAGCCAUGUGUGUAACCAGUAUAGAACAUCGGGUUCAUUGCCAGAAGAAAAAAAAGAAUUUCUGCAGAAUGGACCAGGCUUACAAGACUUUGUAUCAGGGGAUUUGUCAGACAAGAGCGCAUGGGCUGAGUAUAAAGGCAAUUUAAAGCUCCAGAAAGGAGAGAGGCUGCGACUUCCUCCAUGGCUGAAAACAAAGAUUCCUAUGGGAAAGAACUAUAAUAAACUAAAGAAUACCUUGAGAAGUUUAAAUCUUCAUACGGUAUGUGAGGAAGCACGUUGUCCUAACAUUGGAGAAUGCUGGGGAGGUGGUGAAUAUGCUACAGCUACAGCUACUAUUAUGCUGAUGGGUGACACAUGCACUAGAGGUUGCAGAUUUUGUUCAGUAAAGACAGCAAAAAAUCCACCUCCACUAGAUCCUGAGGAGCCUUACAAUACAGCAAAAGCUAUAGCUGAAUGGGGCUUGGAUUAUGUCGUAUUGACAUCUGUGGACAGAGACGAUAUUCCGGAUGGUGGAGCAGAACAUUUUGCAAAGACAGUCUCUCAUCUGAAAGAAAGGAAUUCUAAAAUUCUAGUAGAGUGCCUAACUCCUGAUUUUCGUGGGGACCUUAAAGCUGUGGAGAAAGUAGCAUUGUCAGGACUAGAUGUAUAUGCCCACAAUGUGGAAACUGUUCCAGAAUUACAGAGGAAGGUCCGGGAUCCCCGAGCAAAAUUUGAGCAGUCCAUACGCGUCCUGCAGCACGCUAAAGAGGUCCGACCUGGCAUAAUUUCUAAAACCUCCAUUAUGUUGGGGCUAGGCGAGACGGAUGAACAAGUAUAUUCAACAAUGAAGUUAUUGCGUGAAGCCGAUGUAGAUUGUUUGACCCUAGGACAAUACAUGCAGCCAACAAAACGUCACCUGAAGGUUGAGGAAUAUAUAACUCCUGAAAAAUUCAAAUACUGGGAAAAAGUAGGAAAUGAUCUUGGAUUCCAUUACACAGCUAGUGGGCCUUUAGUGCGCUCCUCUUAUAAAGCAGGUGAAUUCUUCUUGAAGAACUUGGUAGAAAAAAGAAAGACAAAAGCCAUCUGAAAAGGAUAGUAAACCUAUUUGCAGCAGCCAGUUCUAAGGAUCCUUUUCAGCCCAUAUGCUCAGUUCCAGAAAUACAGAAGACCAGAUGGUGGAUGCAUGAAUAAACUUACUAUCUUUUUAGAACUUUUCUGUCACCAAAACACUUCACAUUAAUUUACCUAAUUCUUCCUGGCAAGGGUACAACUACUAGUUGGACUAGUAGUACUUUACUGUUCAAUAAACAGUGAGAAGAUGGAACCUAAAGAAGGUAUUGAUAAAACUAAUUUUUUAAAGAGCAAAGGAACUGAGGUGGAAGAAACACAAGCUGAAGGUAUGAAAUUUAAGUAAACAAUGUUGUUACUACUAUCAAUAUUGCCACAAUUAGAUUCUUGUAAAGAUGCUAGUAACAAGUAAUUAGAAAGGCACUGAUACCUUGAUACAUAUGUUACCAUUACUAUGUAACAUGAAUUUUCAGGGACUUUGGGAAACCUGGGAGCUCCAAAGAAAGAGUGUAUAUAUGACAAAAGACCCUAUUAAGGCUAUAUUGAAUCACACCAGAGAAAACAUCAUUAAUAUGCUUCAAGAGACAGUGUCUUAAACUGUAUCUGAAGAAAAUUAGCUAACCAUUCUGAUAGUUAAUGCUUUUCAGGUGCUUGGGUGUCAAAGGAUGAGCAGGAUUAGUCUGUGGCAAGCCAGUUAACCAUAUAUAGGUGUCAUAACUUAAACCAUAGGGAAAAUCAAAGUUGCUGUAACAGCAUAAGUAGAGCCACUCCUAGUUUGGGUCUAAGACUGUAACAAACCCAACUGAGUUGCACACCUGCUUCUUCAAAACUGGGUAUGCAGAACUGUUGAUAUUCUGUACUGUACUGCUGUUUCAUGGGUAUUGUCUUAUUUUUAAAGCAAAAUUUAAUAGCUGGUCUAAGGUUUUGUUGGUCAUAUUUGGUCUGGUUACCUAUCCGCCUUGAGGCUUGGUCUGGCUGUUAAAUCUGAAUGCAACAGAGAAAUGAAUUGCAUUGUGGAUGAAAUGUGAAAACCAUUAUAUAUAUUUUUUUAAUCGUAGCAGAAAUAAAAGUAUAGCUUAUGGUACACUA